CUAUUCGGCUACCUACUUACACUACCAAACCGUGGUAUAAAACUCAAUCAUGUUGUAGAACUGCCUCAGUACUGAAACUUCUGCCACGAUGAAACUACUGAUUGCUCUUUUUGCGCUGGUAGGCGCUGUCAUCGCCCAGAAUGGAUACGGCCAAGGUGGACAAGGACCAUAUGGAGGACAAGGACCAUAUGGAGGACAAGGACCAUAUGGAGGACAAGGAGGCUUCGGAGGAUACGGAGGACUCGGCGGGCAAGCAGGUUUCGGCGGACAAAUAGGAUUCAACGGUCAAGGUGGAGUUGGUGGCCAGUUAGGAGUUGGUCAGGGUGGAGUACGUCCGGGCCAAGGAGGAUUGGCCGCUCAAGGCCCACCAAAUCAGUAUCAGCCUGGUUACGGAAGUUCCGUGGGUUCUGGCCACUUCCAUGGAGGUAAUCCUGCUGAGUCUGGUUAUAAUCACGGAAAUCAUCAUGAAUAUCCGGAACAUCAUGGCGAUCAUCACCGGGAACAUCAUGAGCACCACGGACACCACGAGCAUCACGGACAUCAUAGGCACUAGCCCUAAGGGUUCUUUGUAAAUGUCUUAUAUCCAGGAUAAAAAAAGAAAAUGCUAAAUAGAAUGCUAUAGUCGAGUGGAAGUGCAAAACGA